CUGCGCGGCAGGAGCUGUCCGUGGUGCUGAAGCUGCGCGUGCCUUAGAGGCUGCACACGAGCAUCCUUCCGCGAGGAGACCAAAACGAGGAAUUUUUUAUAGCAGACUGAAGCGUGGGGGAAUCGGGGUGUUUUUUUGUAGCAGCUCCGUUUUUAUCCGCUUUCAGGGCUGACAUUCUUUACAAGCACAAACUACAACCCCGCGAGAGCGCCGCGCGUGAAGCCGCUUUUACUCCACUGCUCCUCCGACGCUGGUCGGCUCUCCGGCGCCGCCGCCUGCCCCCGUCUCUGCGUCCUUUAUGCACAGCACGCUGCUCCCAUCCUCCACGACCAAACACUCCUUCGUGUCCGAGCGCCAUGGUCCGGUCCAGCUGCCUCCACUGAGAGACAUGGAAGCCAAACAACACCCGAUAAAAAGCCUGAAAAGCUACCCGGAGACUGGGGGCCGGAGCCUGGCAGCGGCCGCCGGAGGAGAAGCAGGAGGCUGCGGCGGCGGCUAUCGAGCCGGCUCCGCUGAGACGGAGAUGGAGGGAAAGAUCCAAAAAGCCAUCGACUUCAAGGCGGAGGGGCACCGCUGUUACAAGGAGAAGAAAUUUCGGGAGGCGAUAGGCAAGUAUCACCGGGCGCUGCUGCAGCUCAAAGGCGUGCAUGUGGUCGACGGGACGACGGGCUCCGAGGUCAACCUGCUCAGCCAAGCCGCGGCCAAGCUGACCGAGGAGCAGCGGAGAGCCGUGGAGAGCACCGAGAUCGAGUGCUACGACAGCCUGACAGCUUGCCUGUUGCAGUCGGAGUUGGUAAACUACGAGAGAGUAAAGGAGUACUGUUUGAAGAUUUUGAGCCACCAGAGAGAUCACUUCAAGGCCAUGUACAGAGCCGGCAUCGCCUUCUAUCACCUGGGUGAUUAUGAAUGUGCCCUACGCUACCUGCGUGACGCCAAGAACCGCGAACCAACAGACACCAAUGUGCUGCGAUACAUCCAGCUGACUGAGAUGAAGAUGAGCAAGAGCGGACAGCGAGACCGAGAGAGCUGCAAGGAGAUGCAGAGUUAAUCUGCUACCUGUACAAUCUCCAGACCUCUCCCUCAUUUGACCCCAGAAGCAGCCCUACUCUGACCCCUUCAUGCCCCUUCUGUCUUUCUGUACUGACAGUUCUGACAGCAGCACACACACAGAAGUCCAAUCACCUCCUGUGGUGACUUACAAACGGGACACAUAUCAAGCGCUGUCUGCUACUCCUCCAUCCUCCUCCUCUCCUCGUUUCUCCCUCAGGUGUUGGGGCUCCUCUCCUUAGAAGCAGUCAGCAGGAGAAAAUAAUAAAAGAGAAAAACAACAAAAAUCAUAAAAGAAGCUGUAAUAUACCCAUAGAAAAUCUCAUUGUUAUGGAGCAAAAGAAAAAGAAAACAAACCAGAAGACAUUUACGUGGUUUAGUCAAAGCAUAGAGGCGUUCUGUUUCGGCUCUCAUCUGCCUUCCUUCUCUCUGUGAUUUUUGCUACUCUUCGACAGAAUUUGGGGGGGCUGGACAACACUGGCGGGGGAACAGGGGCGUGUGUACGUGCAUGCAUUGUGGAGCAUAGGCAGGGGAAAGGAUAAGACCACAGCCCAGCUCGAUUGUACAUCCAAACUCCCGCAGGGCUCGGUCAGGCCCAGAGUUUGGGACAUUUAGAGCGAAUAACAGCUUCUCAUGAAAAGAUGAGGCCUGUCUUUGUGCUUUAUCUCUCUCUUUGUUCUGCCAUGCAUCACAGUUUCUAGACUGUUUUUUUUUUCUAAAUCAAGGGCUAAUUCAAGUGUUUGUUAUCCAUUAUUAGGGUUAAUUUGCCGUCAUGUUCAGAAGUAAUGGAGAAGUAAAAGGAAAAUGUGUUCAUAGCAAUCGGGACUAAAUUCUCAAGUUGUUUUUGCUGUUAUCAGGUGUGCUGUUGUGUGUGUGUCUUGAAUGUUGUCUGAAGCCCCUCAUGGGUUGUGUGUUGUGUUGAUGUUCUUAGGAAACUCGAGGCCCCUCCUUCCCUCAUCUCCCACAGCGCCCCCCCCUCCUCCACCCAAUGAUGUCACAAUGGAAAAUAGCCAAAUCAACCACCAUUGGCUGGAUGGCAGUCCUCUCUGACGAGAGGCGAUGGUGGUCCAACCUUUAACCACAAAUACUCAGUUUAUAGACAUCGAUAAUGUGCUUUGGAACAACAAUCUGUGUGGAGAGUCCAAAUCGCAGUAUAGGAGCACUCAGCCUGAGUGCUUCACCGAGGGUGAGCCAUUUGAGAUUUCUUCUGCUCACAGUUUACUGUAAGCUUCUAACACAUCUGCAUUUGACCAAACUCAACACUAGCAAUGAUCUGGUUUAAUCAUACCCACGACUGUCCAGCACUGACGUGUUUCCUCUGGUGACUUGCAAAGCUGAAUAAUAUGGUCAUCUAUCAGCUUCACCUCGGGCUCGACUCUGCCCAGAUCAGCAGAAAGUCGGAUCGAUCAUUUGUUAGAGCAUGACCCGAAGUCCUGAUGUACCUCUUGUGCAAGGCCCACUUCCUGCAUGCAACCAGGAGCUCAUUCAAAUAUUUGGAAUAGGGAUUAUAUCUGCUCCAUUGCUUUCGCUUAUGCUACGCUGCCACUAAAAUUAUUGACCAUGAUGCUCUUCUGGCUAACCCGUCCUUCAUAAAAGCCAUGGGGAUGGAUGGCAGCUGCAGAAGAAGUAUCAAAUAUUUCUGGAAAAUGCUCCCUUUUCAUUAAAAAAAAACAAAAAAAACAAAUGAACAGCACCUCCUUUGGCUGUGGGAGAUGUUCCCGGUUUGACAUGGAGGAGGAAAUCAAAUCAAAUCAACAAAGUUGGAAAAGAUUUCCCCUCCAAAUGUAUCACACUGACCUGAUAAUAAGCAGUCAGGGACCUAAGUGUGUCAUUAGCACUCUGGAGAGACGGCACUGUGGGUUGAGAGGACCGGCAUGAUUCGGAGAGGCUCCGGUGGAGGGAGAAGUAGGCCAUCAUCCGCCCAGUAAAGCAGCCGCAGCUCUCCAGACGCAGAGAAGAAACACUGAACUUCUUCAGUUUAUCAGUAUGUGUUUCUGAGAAAAUGACAAUCACCCUGUAGUUGAACCAGAGGCGGACUUACUAUUAGGCAAAGGUGGGCGUUUGCUUGGGUGCCCCCCAACACUUAGCACUGAAUACUUAACUUAAAUGUCUAAAAUAGUUUCCUAUGCCUGUUAUUAUCUAACUACAAUAAAAUUAAAUUAAAAAAAAAAUCACUGAAAUGGCAUUAAACUACUCAAGUGUUUCGUCCUCCCCCAGCCUUCUGCAGCAAUGGAAUAUUCCAUAAACAGCAAGCUAGCAAGCCGAGACAGACUGGCUAGCUUGCUAUCAGUCAAUGUUACGAAGAUAAAGUUGUAAAAAAUGGGAAAUAAGUUAAAAUUUUCUCAAAAUAAAGUCAUAAAAUGACAAUAAAAUUGUCAAAGAGAACAAAGUUGUAAAAUUUUGAGAAGUUGUAAUUUUACAAGGAAAAGACUCAUUUGUUGUAUUUGGAUUUUAAAAUGUUCCAACAAAGAAAUUUUCAGAGAAAUGGGAUGAACGUCACACAAAUUUGGCUAAAUCUGCUUUACUUUUUUGUAAAUGUACAAUUUUAUUUUAAAUAAAAUACAACUUAAUCUUAAAGAAUUUUCUGUGUAAAAUUACAACUUUUUAAUCAUAAAUUUAUGAUUUUGUUCUUGUGAAAUGCUGAAUUGUUUAUCAUAAUGUUAUAACUUUAUUCUUGUAUAUUUAUUUAAGAGACAGAAAGCGGUCAUGUCUAGAAUUUAUGUCUUUAGUUGACGCUACUCCAUAGUAAACUGUUUUGUUCCAUCAUUUUACGUAUAAUUGCUUCUUUUGUAUUCUUUAGUACAACAGCUGCAGAGGGCUCCAUGGUAUUGGGCCCCCAAACUGCUAAGUCCGCCCCUGGGUUGAACCCAAACCUUCAUUUAUAAAGCACACCAGGAGUCUAAUAGUCAAUAAACAAAUGUCUUAAAACUUUAAAAGUGAACAGAUAUAGAAAAUUCAUAAAAUGAGUCAAAUAGAAGCUUUAUUGAAUAAAAUUCUGUAAAAAUUCAACAAAAAUUUUAUAUAUAUAUAUAUAUAUGAAAAAGGAGUCACAUAUUUUUAAAAUGACAAGAUCACAAAAAAUUAAAGAUCACAAAAACUAUUAUUCAUCCAAUUCUCUAAUUUUUGUAAUUGUUUACAAAACAAAAUUGCUUAUUCCAAAUUUAUCUGAUCACUCCUGCACCUUCUGUAACGUAACUAUAUGGAGAGUUUUGCUGAUAAAAGCUUUCACUUAAACAAAAUUACCAGCAUGUUACACACCAAAACAUGCUGAAUAUCACAAAUAUUCACCUAAAAUCAUCUCUAAGAUGAAUACAGUCUUAUAAUACAUCUGACCAAAUCAGUUUUUUGUUUAUAGCCCCAUUAGGAGAAGUUAACCCCUCCCCAGGCUUAUUUCUAAAGCACUCAGCUCCUUUGGGAUUUUUUUUCCCAUUUAUUUUGCAGUUCUGUCAUCAGUUACCUCUCAAGAGUUGUUACUUUUACUAGAAUUAAUGAAGAUUAUGACUCAAUUCAUCCAGUUUAAACAUAAUAUUGUUUUUAGAUAUUUAAAUAAACAUCUUUUUUUAAAGUUGGUGCCAACUUUUGUUUUACAAUUGGUUUAAUUUUCUAUUGUAAUUUCAAUUUAUUUAAAUUUAGCCACACAUUAAGGGCAUAUUAUGCCAAAUUACUUGCAGUUUCAUUCUAUAGAUGAUAUUUCUAUGAAAAGUGGAACAAUCAAACCCAAACAAACAGAAUCUCUGUCAUGGACAAACAGCUCUGGAGCCGUCUGAGGCACAAACACUGGAUGCAAACGUCAUUCUCUGCUCCCUGCACUCCGUCUGCAGCUCCCGUUCUCCCAGAGGACAUAAAUCAACAGCGAGGAGCAGCAUGUGCAGGCUCCAUGGCUCCCUGGGCUGGGUCUCCUCUUCCACAGCCUCCUCCGGGAUAGGUCCCCCCUCCUCCACAAAGUCCUCUCUCCAUGACACCAUGUUGUUUUUGUCUGGCUGUGCUAAGUCAGUCUUCCUCUUCAUGUACAGUAAUCGUCUGGGGAUAACUAGCUGCACAUUAAACAGGUUUGCUUCUAGUUUACCAGGUUUCUUACAUAACAGCUGAAUCUGAGGCUGUUAAAAAAAGCCCAACUUCAUUCUGUGUGCGGAUGGAGACGGGAUCCCUGCUCCUGCUCGGUGUAGCUUAAACAAAAAGCACAAAAAAAAGUAAAGCUACAAGUUGUUUUGUUUUGUUUUCUUUUAUUUCUUCCUUUUUACUCCGGAGUCAUAAAGGUAAAUGUUUGUCAAAUGUCAAAGUAGUUUUUUGUGAAUAUAUGAAACAAUUGUACAAAAAAAAUGGAAAGUUUUAUGGUUGUGAAAAGCUUUACUUUACUGAAUUACAUAAUCAAUAGAAAAGAAAAGAAAAUUAAGAGAUGGAAACUCUGACGCCUUCACAGGGCUGCUUUGUGACUUGUUUUUACUCAUGGUUAUUUUUGAUGAUCUUCCUCUUGUUGAGUGAUCCAGAAGUGCGAGCUGCGAUGGGGACACUGCAUUCUGUUUAUUCCAGUCUUGACACGAAGGACAAAAACACCGUGGAUUCCAAGACUGUAUUUUACUUUUGUUCCAAAAAGGCCUUUUUUUCAUUCAACUUCUAUACAUGUGACAAGUCUCCAUCACUGGAUUUAUUGAACUACAAGCCCGGGAAUGCACUACUGAUUGGUUGAUGAAGAUUAUGAAUAAAGUUUCAAACAAAGAAGGA